AUGCUGAGCAAAAGAAAUAUUAGACUUUUGGGUCUCACUGGGAUGCUACUAUUUGUGCUUUUCUUCAUUACAAGAAAUGCACAAUCGGCAACGCGUUCUUACCUUGAUCCAAACAGCCCUACGGCUGCCAGUGCGCUUUCCAACAGCGAGAAGGUGGACAGUGAGAUCAAUAGCAUCAAGCAAGACAUAUCUAACACCAAGGGCAACUCUGUGAGUGCCGACACGAAGGAUGCAGUGAAGAGUGGUAAUAACGGGAAUGGGAAGGGCGUAGUCAAGACCAGCGAAGACGGCUUGGAUGAUGAAGACAAGUACAAUCCAGAGGCUGAGUACAAGGAAAUUCUCCAGAAAUCGCCAAUUGUGGUAUUUUCCAAGACUUAUUGUCCAUACAGUAAGAGAUUAAAGAGCAUCUUGAAAGAGUACACUUUUGAUCCGGAGUUCGUUGUAGUUGAGUUGGACAAGCACGAAAACGGGGCUGAAUUGCAGAAGUUCAUUGGUGGCAAGACCGGGAGGUCAACUGUUCCGAACGUUAUCAUCAAUGGGAUUUCGCGUGGAGGAUGCGAUGACUUUGCGGGAUUGCACGAUCAGAAUACGCUUUUGGACAGUUUGAAACAAUGGGGUGGGUCUACAUUGACGGUUGACAAGCCCAAAAAGGGAGGUAACUCGGGGGUGCACUAG